AACGGCUCUCGACCUCAACGAAGGUGGCGAUCAUGAGCUUAUGGAGGAAUUGAAUCUCCGAGUCACGAGAAGCUACAUACGUCGUAAGAGCUUACACGCGAAGAUUUCUUUAUUUCGAAACUUUCUUCAGCAACGUUCAAUUACGUCGUCAGAAGCUUCCGAUACCCCCUGAAACUCUUUCUAACCUGCUGUGGUUUCUAAUAUUUCGGAUUUGACAAGCUGGAUCACUCGGAAGUCACCAGUAUGUUCGUAGACGCCCGCAACGAGAUUCGUCCCCAAGCGGACAACUUCAUCGGCAUCGAUGUCGGGACCGGCAGUGCCCGUGCCUGUGUAAUGAACGACCAAGGUGAUAUCAUCGGACUCGCAUCCGAGAACAUCGGUCUCUGGACGCCGCAAACAGAAUACUAUGAACAAUCCACCACCGAUAUCUGGCGCUGCAUCUGCAUCUGCAUCCACCGAGUCAUGUCGCAACAUAAUAUCGACCCGAACAGCAUCCGCGGCAUCGGCUUCGACGCGACCUGUUCUCUCGCCGUCUUCGACGCCGAGACCAAUGAGCCAGUCUGCAUAACUGGCCCGGACUUCUCUAACCGCGACGGAAACGACCGGAACGUGGUGCUCUGGCUCGACCACCGCCCCGUCGAAGAAACGCAGAAGAUCAACGCCACCGGACACAAUCUGCUGAAAUAUGUCGGAGGAACAAUGAGCAUCGAAAUGGAGAUUCCAAAGGUGCUGUGGUUGAAGAACAACAUGCCGUCGGAACUGUUCAAUCGGUGCAAGUUCUACGAUUUGGCGGACGCGCUGACGCAUAUGGCGACUGGGGGAGAGACGAGGUCGUUCUGCAGCACGGUGUGCAAGCAGGGGUUUGUGCCGGUGGGUGUGGAUGGGAGCGUGAAAGGAUGGCAGGAAGAUUUCCUGACUGAGAUUGGACUACCGGAGUUGUGUGAAGACAACUUUAAGCGGAUGGGGGGAGUGGAUGGAGUAAACGGAACCUAUCUCACAGCAGGUGAAUACGUUGGGCCCCUAUCCGAGCGCGCGGCAGCAGAAAUGGGCCUCAUUCCCGGCAUCGCCGUUGGUUCGGGUGUCAUCGACGCCUACGCCGGCUGGGUCGGCACAGUCGGCGCGAAAGUGUCCCUAUCUGAAGACGAACUCGACACCUCCAUGCCCAACAACUCCAUGGACCAAGCAUACACCCGCCUGGCCGCCGUCGCCGGCACCUCCACCUGCCAUCUCGCACUGAGUCCCGACCCGGUCUUUGUGAAAGGCGUCUGGGGACCCUACCGUGACGUGUUGAUCCCAGGCAAAUGGCUCGCGGAAGGCGGACAGAGUGCCACGGGCGAGUUGCUGAAGCACCAGAUCGAGACGCACCCGUCGCAUCUAGAAGCGAAGGCACUCGCGGAAGGACAUAAUCUCAACGUUUACGACUACCUCAACCAGCGCCUGGAAGACCUCGUCGAGGCGGCGAAAGUCCCCUCGAUGACUUACCUCGGCCGCCACUUCUUCUUCUACGGCGACCUCUUUGGCAACCGCUCCCCCAUCGCGGACCCGAACAUGCGCGGCUCUGUAGUCGGCCUGUCCUCGGACAAGUCGGUCGACGGGCUUGCGCUGUACUACUACGCGACGAUGGAGUUCAUCGCGCUGCAGACGCGGCAGAUUGUCGAGGCGAUGAACUCGGCCGGGCACAGCAUCAGCAGCAUCUUCAUGAGCGGCUCGCAGUGCCAGAACGAGGUGCUGAUGAAGCUGAUCGCGACGGCCUGCGGCAUGCCGGUGCUGAUUCCGAGGUACGUGCACGCGGCAGUAGUGCACGGCGCAGCGAUGCUGGGGGCGAAGGCGGCGAGCGAGGCGCGGGCAAAGAGCGAGGGCGGGGAGGGGGAGGAUCUGUGGUCGAUUAUGGACCGGAUGAGUAAGAGUGGGAAGGCAGUGUAUCCGGGCAAGAGCGAUCAGGAGAAGAAGCUGUUGGAGGCAAAGUAUAAGGUGUUCUGGGAGAUGUGCGAGGGCCAGCAGCGGUGGAGGAGGGAGGUGGAUACGGCGGUUGAGGGAUGGGUUGUCUGAGCUGGGGAACUCUGGUGUUUCGGUGGUUUUCGAUUCGGGACGCGUGAUCAAAAAUUAUUGGAGCGGAGCUGGCGGAACGCGAUGGGUUUUCGAUAGUCUCCAUGAUUGUCACGAUACGAUCAAUAGAGUGUGGUGAUAAGAACAAUAGCUGGGACUCAAUUAGCAGCGGUACGGAUGUCCUAUCAUAAUUUCGUCGUUCUAUCAGUAGUUAUCCUAAGUUGAGAAAGUCGAAAACCAAAAUUGAUUGGAUUUCAAAUCGCC